AUAAAAUCAGCUGCUUUUAUUGUAUCGAGCACAUUUAGACAUUAUUAAUGGCUGAUGAACCACCAUAUCUCACUCUUGGUACAGAAGUUAGUGCUAAAUUUAAAGGCGCUUUUUGUGAAGCAAAAAUUAAAAAAGUAUCCAAAUCAGUCAAAUGCAAGGUAACAUUUACUAAUUCUACAAAUAAUUCCUCAUACCAAAUACCUGAUGAUGAUAUUCAAGGGAAUAAUUUACAAAUUGGUGCCAUGGUGAAAGCAAAACAUCCUCAAUUAAAUGGUCAAUUGUUUGAAGCUAAAAUUGUUAAAAUUAUUGAUAGUAGUGCUUACACAGUUGAGUUUGAUGAUGGGGAUGUUAGGGUGCUUAAAAGAAAUUUGAUAUGCUUAAAGGGUCAAAAACAUUUUCAAGAAAGUCAAACAUUAGAUAAAUUGCCACUAACUAAUCCGGAAUUAUUUGGCACACCAGUGGUUACUAAAAAGUUGACUAGUAAUAUGAGCAAUUCCUCGAGUCUUAGUAGCAGCAAUAACAAGACUAAUUCCAAAAAUAGAGAAAAAUCAAAAAUGGAUUCCAUGUUAAAGGAUAAUAAAGAAUACAGAAAAUCCCAAAGUUUAUCAAAAAAUAUUACCCCUUCUUCGACAGCUGACAAAAAGAUCAAACGGGAUAAACGGCAUACAACAGCUAUAACCACAAAAUUACCCGAAAGACACAAAGAUGGAUCCCAUCAUAGGGUUAGGGUGAAAUCUGUCCUAGAUGUCGACAAGGAAUCCGAUUCGCAAAAGGAUCAUCACAAAACAUUUUCGAAAGAAAAAGAAAACGUGGCGGUGAAAAACGUGGCUAAAGAUAAGGACGCGAGUAGGGAAAGGAAAGACACGGCCUCAGAACGGCAGGGAACGCUGGAAAAUCUGGAGGAAAAUAGCGAAGACGAGGACGAGGAGGAAGAGGAGAGUCUGGAAGAGAAGGACCAUUUCGUGGCUCAGCUCUAUAAAUUUAUGGAGGACAGGGGAACUCCCCUUAACAAAUUGCCAACUAUAGGGACGACCGAUUUAAACUUCCACAAGCUGUACAAAGUUGUCUCGGCUCUGGGUUAUUAUAAUAAAGUGACCAAUAACGAAAAGUGGAACGAGGUUUGCCAAAAAAUGGGGGUAUUCAAGCAGUGCGAUUGGCCGAAGUCUCUAGUCGUUAAAAGGGUUCAAGCUUUUUACAAAAAGUAUCUUUUAAGAUUCGAAGAAUUUUCCCGUAAACUUGGAUGCACCCUCAUGACACUGCCUAUUAGUUCGGUGAACACGUCGACUUUUAAGAGUAACAGUAGUUCCGGCGGUAGUGCAAGCUCCGUAUCCCUGGCGGCAAAUUUAGAAUCUCAUCACGCGUCCGAGAGGGAUAAAACUGUCGUCACUUCCGGUAACGGCGUAAACAGUGGCCAUUAUCGCAAUUCGCUCAACUUAAACGUCAUAAUGUCCGCCACCGACAACAGUAACGCCAGUCAUAAUAUCCAAGGUAGAAGUUUGAUAAGGGAAAAACGCUUCGGUAAAGUGCUCGACAAAAAUAACAAAUCGCCCACGAUCCCCCCAAGUAAAUCGUUAGGCAGUGACCUACCCGCUAAAACGAGCGAUAGGGGAACCUUCAAGAGCGGAUAUAAGGAUAGCGGCGGAGGGAAAAUGAGGACCUCCUCGUCUUCCUCCAAUUCCCUCUCCUCCAUCUCUUCCACCGAUAAUAUUCCGUCUACCAGUGGCUCGUUAGCCAAUCAAGAAGACGCGGCGGCGUUUACCCCAACAACCAAAGACCCAAAGGUGAAUACCUACAAGGCAAAUGACGAUACCGCCGAAAGAGAAGGCGGUAAGGCCGAAUUAAGUGACCAAUUUAAGUACAGCGCGAGUUACCUGUACCUCAAAAGAAAGAAGAGUUUGCAGAAACUUUCGCUUAAAAGUUCCAACAACGUCAACGUUACCCGAGAUAAUAUCAAAGACGACUCCAACACAAAACUCCACGAGGAAAAUUUUAAAGUUGAUAGCCGGAAGACUGAUCAUUCCAAGAUGAAUGAAGUAGAUAGUGAUCGUGCGGUUAGGAGAGACAAAAAGGCGAAAUUGAGAGACGGCGAUAGUUCUAACCAAUUCGACGAUGCCAGACAUAGCGGCGUCAACACCGCUAGCCUCAAGCGAACCGCCAAAGAUAUAACUGCCGAUGAUAAAGUCGAACCGAGAUUACUCUCCAGCGACCAAGAGAAUGAAGCCAAAAUGGUGGACCAACAUAGGGCCCACAAAAAGAAAGUCGUCAAACAUUCUCUACCAGCCACUGAUUCCAAGGAGACUAUUCUCGCAAAGUCCGAGGUGCUAAACCCCGCAAUUGGCGGAUCUCAUCCGAAAACGGUGAAAGCUGUUGACGAAAAAUCCAUCAAUAUAAGCCAACGCAGCGUGUACGAUUUUACCGACAUCGCCGAUUUUACCGUCGGCGAUUUUUGCCGCAAACAAGAAAGUUAUACGGAAAACAUCGUCGACGAAAAGAAUCCCGAAUUCGCGACUCGAUCAGCGCCUAUAAUGGGCCCAUAUCUAAAUACGCCGUUAAUUGACAUAAACGCUUCCGUAUUUUCUUUACCGGAUAUCGGCGCCACUCGAUCCGGUCUCGAUUUUGAAAUCAAGGCACCUUCUUCCCAUGAUGAGUUCGAAGGUCCCCAACAAAAAUUCGAUGACUCGUUCAGCGUUCCUAACGAAGUCGAUAAAAGCGGCCCUCAAGAUUAUUUGCCGCUUAUCGCCGACUCCAUCAAGUUCGAAACGGAGAUCGGGGAUGACGUAGUCAUCAGUAGUAACGAUAGUCAGAUCAGGGACAGCUUCGUCGAUAAGGACAAAAUUCUCGAAUCGGAAGAAACCAAUACCGGAAACGGUAACGGCAACACCAGGUCGAGCAGACGAUUAGAAGCUAGGAAAAGGCAGACGACGAUCCUUAAACUCGGACCGGAAAAUUUGUAUUCCAUAUCGGAAAUCACGAAAGUUAUUCCGUGUUCAAACGAAAAUAAGGAACCCGCGAUUUCUAACCCGAUAAACGAGGAGGGAUUCGGCGCGCUUCCAGCGAAAGAUUCCGAAAUAAAGACAUCCGAUGCUGAAAGGAAUCCACCCACUUUAAUAGUCGAUCAAAAUGCCCCACCGGCUGAAGAUAAAAUCGCGGAAGAAUCUUAUCCCAUUUCAGAAAUAAAGAUGGCCGAUGAAGAAAAUAAAGACCACGAACUAGCCAAUGAGAACGCAGUCAGCGUUACUAGGCCAGAAAAGUUAAACGAUGAUGAACAACAAGCACUCAAGGAAUCGCUAAAUUUAUCAUCCACAAUUUCUUCCAAACUCUUUGACGAUAUGCUGAAAAAGGAGGAAGAUGGCUCCAUAGCUGACGAUGAACGUGAAAACAAUAAAUCUUUGAUUAAUAACGACGAUGCUGGGAAUAUAUUCAAAUCUUUUGGCGGGAAUAUGGGCGUUGAUUUGAUGAACAGCACCUUUGCUUCGGAAAAAGAUGAGAUAAACGAAAGUAAGGAUAAAAUAACCACGCCUUCAUCCCAAAGAAAAAAAUCCCAAACGAUUUUCGCGCUCCCACCGGAAAUACAAACUAAUUUCGUCUGCACGUACGAUUUUCUUGCUCUAGAUUCCAACUUGUUAUUGAACGCAAAGAUUAGUGCUACCAAGACGAAUAUCAAUACGUUGAGGAAGGUUUACCAGAAGCAUAAAUCCAAAGUUUCAGAAAUCGACAAAAUUCUCAAAAAUAUUCAAAAAAUGGAAGAGAAUGGAUCGAGUUCAACAGAUAUCAAGGAAUAUUACAACAAUAUCAAAGAAAACAUUAGUUUAGCCAGCGUAUCUUCUGAUAGUUCUUCGCCCGAAUGAGAUAGGAUAUUGUUUAAAAACUUAUCUAUUUAAAUAUAUCCUUUUUUUUCCACCUUAGUUAAUAUUGAAAAAAUGACACUAAUUUGCUCGAAGAAAUGAUGUGACAAAAAUGACUAUAUUUAAAUUUUGAUUUUGUUUUAUCGGA